AUGGCUGUGUGUCCGGUUGUCAUGGAGGCCGUGACGUUUUUCAAGACAUAUAUAAGAAAGAAUACAAUGUAUACAAAACCAUCUUUACUUCCUAUCCUUGUGUUUUCCGUCACGUGCAUCUGUGUACUGCAAGCUGGACCUAUUCAAGAUUCAACCCUCCAAAAGGAUGGAAUGUGUCCAGUUGUGUACAUGUUUUCCAAUGAAGCAUGUGAAAAAGCUUGUAGACAUGAUUUUGAUUGUGAAGAUAAGAAGAAAUGUUGCAGUAAUGGAUGUGGCCAGCUUUGUAAGGACCCUUUGUUUACAGAUACGAAUGAAUUGUCAGUAACAGGAACAGAUUAUAAGGUCAUUUCAGCAUCACAGAAUAGUAUGCCUUAUAAUGAGUCAAAUACUACUGAAACUAUUUAUGGAGCAAAUCAAGUCUAUGACGAUAGUUAUGAUGAUGAUAAGGAUGCUUGGAAAUACAUUCUGUACGCAGUUGUGUGUAUUAUAAUAAUUGCAUUAAUGAUAUUUGCUUUGUCUAAAGGACAUUAUGAAUUGGCCUCGGAAUUAUUCAAAUGUUUAUGUGAUACAACUUACGAGGACAUAUUUACUGCAGCUUCCCUACACAGACCGUGGUACGUGUGUGCUGGUAAUCACGACCACAUCGGUAACAUAUCGGCACAACUAGCAUACACAAAGUUUUCCGAUAGGUGGAACUAUCCUGACCUAUACUACACUAAACGGUUCUCCAUACCAAACUCUGAAUCUACCUUGCUGAUAGUUUUCAUUGACACCGUGAUACUGACUGGUAACACCGACGACCACACACCUGACUCCAUCCUGCCAGGCCCCGAGGAUCCUCUUAAGGCUGACGCGCAAUGGAAAUGGAUAGAGGACACACUUAGCAAUUCUAAAGAUGAUUACGUCAUCGUUGGUGGGCAUUACCCAGUGUGGUCCAUUGCUGAACACGGCCCUAACAAUCUGUUAGUUGCGAAACUCAAACCACUACUGGAGAAGUACAACGUGACAGCAUACUUCUGUGGACACGACCACAACAUGCAGCAUUUCAAGGAAGACAACUCUAGUGUUGAGUAUUUUGUGAUUGGUGCAGGUGACGUAGUGGACCCCUCAACUAAGCAUAAAGAUGAUGUGCCACCUAGAUCACUGAGAUAUCACUGGGCUGAUGUACUUGGAUUGGGUGCCUUCGCAUACGUAGAAGCCACAAAAGAUAGCUUGUCUGUGGCAUAUUACGAAGCACUGAAUGGAAAGAACAUCUAUACUAGAGUCCUCACUUCACGACACAAAUGACAAGCACCAUAGUUGUCUACAUUUACAGAGAUCUUAUUAUGAGUAACGAACAAUAAUCUGUAAAAUGUUUAUGAUUUAUACACGUCAACAUGUUGGAAUGUUCAGCACACAGCUGGACGCACGACUUAUCAUGCUCUGCGAGUACACGAGUUACCUUCUAUCAAGACCCAAU